AAUCCAACGCCCCAGCCAUGCCUACUAUUUCAGUGGAUAAACAGGACUUAUAUGAGUACUUAGGUAGGUCAUACACCACCCAGGAGUUUGAUGAGUUGUGCUUCGACUUCGGGAUCGAGUUGGACGAAGACACCACCGAGGACUGCACCGCGGGCGAGAGACCCCAGUUGAAGAUUGAGGUGCCCGCCAACAGAUAUGAUAUGUUAUGUUUCGAAGGGAUUGCCCAGGCCUUGAACGUCUUCUUGGGCAGACAACUCCCUCCUACCUACAAGUUGAGCAAGCCAACCACCAAAUUAACCAUCCACAAGUCGGUGGAAGAAGUUCGUCCUUAUGCGGCAGCGGCCAUCUUGAGAAAUAUUAAGUUCGACCAGAGAACUUAUGACUCGUUCAUAGCGUUGCAGGACAAGUUGCACACGAACUUGUGUCGUAACAGAACGUUGGUGGCCAUCGGAACUCAUGAUUUGGACACCAUCCAAGGCCCUUUCACCUAUGAAGCAUUGAAACCUCAAGACGUCAAAUUUGCUCCUUUGAAUCAGACCCAGGUUAUGGAUGGACCUGGCCUCAUGGAAUUCUACGAAAAGGACAAGCACUUAUCCAAGUAUUUACACAUCAUCAGAGAGUCCCCUGUCUAUCCCGUGGUGUUGGAUUCCAACCGGACUGUUUGCUCGAUGCCUCCCAUCAUCAACUCCAACCACUCCAAGAUCACCAAGGACACCACCAAUGUGUUCAUUGAUGUGACAGGUACUGACCGCACCAAAACCGAGAUCGUGGUACAGAUCAUGGUGGCGAUGUUCUCUGCCCACUGUGCUGAGAAGUUUGAAAUCGAGCCGGUGGAAAUCAUUUCCGAACACAAUGGCCAACUGCGGUUAUGCCCCAGUGUGACUCCAAGAAAAGCCCAUGCCGAAAUCUCCUAUAUCAACUCGUGUUUGGCCUUGGAUUUGCUGGGAGCCGACAUCGCCAAGUUAUUGAAGAAAAUGGAGUUGGAGGCCGAGGUAUCGACUUCAGACUCCAAAUUGUUGGAGGUUUCCAUCCCCAUCACCAGAUCCGACAUCUUGCACCAGUGCGACAUCAUGGAAGAUGCAGCCAUUGGGUUUGGAUUCAACAAUAUCAAAAAAACCAAACCCAAGAGUGAGAGUUUGGUGGCUUCUGCCUUGCCUGUCAACAAAAUAGCCGAUAUCUGUAGAGUUGCAUCGGCUCAAGCAGGAUACUCCGAAAUCAUGGCGUUGACGUUGUGUUCGCACGACGAAAACUUCAAGUUCUUAAGAGUUAAGGAUGACGAAACAAAAGCCGUCAAGUUGGAGAACCCCAAGACCUUUGAGUACCAGGUUGUCAGAACUACCUUGUUACCUGGGUUAUUGAAGACCAUCAAGGAAAACAGAAAACACUCAUUACCCAUCAAGGUUUUCGAGUGUGGUGACAUUGUGUUGAAGAACGAUGCUACCGAGAGAAGAGCCAUCAACCAGCGGAACUGGGCCGCCAUCAUCGCUGGUAAGACGUCUGGCUUUGAGUACGUCCAGGGAUUGUUGGGUAAGUUGAUGCAGACUUUAAGAGCCAACUGGAUUGAGUUUCCAAAGGAGAAUACCGGUAGAGGCUACUGGAUAGAAGAGGACAGUGAAAACCCUACCUUUUUCCCCGGAAGAGGUGCCAAAAUCUACUUCAGAGCUGGUCCUGACGCCAAGGAGCAGGUGAUUGGUUCUCUUGGGGUGUUGCACCCGGAAGUGAUGAAAUCGUUUGAAAUCCCAUAUGCGGCCUCGAGUGUGGAAAUCAAUGUUGAGGCGUUCUUGUAGACGUAAUAUGCCUGUAUAGCUAAUAGAUCAUGCGACCGUAACAACUGC